UUCUAACCACUUAAUGGCAGCAUCGUACGAGGGAUGAAAAAGACGUAUUAUUGGACAAGCAUUUUGCACGAAAAAGAAAUCGAUAUGAAUUUAAUAAGGGAAGAAGAAAAAGCGAGAAAGAAAAAUAAAAACAACUGAUUUAUUCGACUAGUUCAUGUCACUACGAGAUAAAAUGUUAUUGGAUUUUUCAAGCGUUACAAAUUCAUUUAUCAUUCGCGUACGAUUUUGAACGGUCCAACGUGAACGUCGAGAUUUUUGCUUUGUUUGUUUUAAAGGUUAUCAAAGAUUUCGAAAAGAAGGAAAUAUAUACGAAGAUGUUAAAAUUUUAAAAACAACAUAAAUCGAAAAAGGAAGUUACAUAUCGAUACGUGUUUAAGAAUAUGUUUAUCGAUUGGUCAUGCUCAAGUCAGGAUCGAUUUUAAAAAUGUCAAUCUCGUGCACCGUCGUCUUCGGAAAUUUACCGUAACGUCAAUGACACGUAUGUAGUUGCAAUAAGAAUAAAAAUCUAAUACCCGUUUCUUCAAAGAUUGCACACGCCAGGCAAGUUCAUUCAAGAUGCCAGAACAAAAUUCGAGCGACCAAUAUUCCACAUUGGUUGGUUUGAUUUACAUUUUUAAUCUCAUCGUUGGGACAGGAGCUUUAACUCUUCCAGCUGUUUUUAGCCGAGCAGGAUGGGUUCUUGGUUUCAGCGUAAUUUUGAUAUUAGCUUUUAUAAGCUUUAUGACAGUCACAUUUGUUAUUGAAGUAAUGGCAUCUGCCAAUGCAAUUGUAACCUGGAGACAAAUUCAACAUCGAAAGCGUACAAUGCAAACAUUGGGUGAUUCUUGUACCUCGAAUUCUGAUUCUGAAGAUACACCGUUAGUUACUGUUCAUGCAGCCAGUCCAGAUAAAUCGGAUACAACCUAUCGGUAUUACAUAAUUCAUGAUAAAAUAGAAAUGGGACAAAUAGCAUCUAUUUUUUUCAAUAAGUUUGGCACCACUUUGUUUUAUCUAUGUCUUGCCAUUUAUUUAUAUGGCGAUUUAAGUAUUUAUGGUGCAGCUGUAGCUAAAUCGGUAGCAGACAUUGCUUGUACUUAUCAACCUCAAAACUUAACGUGUAAUGAUACUAUACCGGAUAACGAAGUUUGUUGGGAAGGUUCUACUUUGGAUCGAUUGUCUGCAUAUAGGAUGUUUCUUACGACUUUUAUUUUUAUGCUGGGACCUUUUGUAUUCUUCAACAUACAGAAGACCAAGUAUCUACAAUUAUUAACUUCAGCGAUGAGAUGGCUUGCAUUUACUAUCAUGAUCGUGUAUGCAGUUAGAAAACUUAUUAUUGAUGGUCCACAAGGUAAUCCACCGCUUGCAAAUAUAACAGGAAUUCCUAGUCUCUUUGGUGCUUGCGUAUAUUCUUUUAUGUGUCAUCAUUCUUUGCCUGCAUUGGUAGUUCCAAUUGCAAACAAAUCUAUGCUUAAUCGAUCUCUUGCAUUGGAUUACGUAUUGAUAGCAUUUUUUUAUCUUUUACUUGCAUUGACCGGGGCAUUUGCUUUUGAACAUCUCGACGAUCUUUAUACUUUGGAUUUUGGACCACGCGGAUCUGGAGAUUGUUCAAAAAGUUCAAACAUUUUUAUGCUCGUCAUAGAAUAUUUUUUGGCAUUAUUUCCCGUUUUCACUUUGAGCACGAGUUUUCCUAUAAUAGCUAUUACUCUUAGAAAUAAUUUACAAUCUUUAUUCUUAUACGACGAUACUUCUUAUUAUUUUUUAAGAAAAUUAAUUUUUCCUGUAUUAGCGAUAUUACCGCCUUAUUUGAUUGCUAUGAGCACCAAAGAUCUUUCUAAAUUAAUCGGCAUUACAGGAUCGUACGCGGGUACUUGCAUUCAAUAUUUAAUUCCUACCUUCUUGGUUUAUUAUGCUAGAAAAAAAACAAAUAAAAUCAUUGGCCUCGGUGUAAUAAAUAAAUUUGCUAGCCCUUUUGCAAGCAAUUUCUGGCUCAUCUUCGUAAUAGUUUGGGCAGUCGCUUGCAUGAUUUUAGUAUCAGUUAAUUUCAUACAAAUUUAUUUCCAAGAAGCAUGGAUAAAAUAGUAGCAUAUAAAUUGUCAAUAUGAAUUGUGCAUAUAGAUCCAUGAGAUUGAUAUGCACAAAAAAUGAUUGAAUCUCAAGUAUACCAUUUGUGUACGUGAAAUAAUGAAAAAAAAAAAAAAAAAA